GGAUGGGGAGCGGACGCGGUGGGGGCAGGCGCCUGGGAGGCCGGCUGCGGCGGGGUCGGGGUCUCCGAGCUGUGCAGGGUCUGUGCGUCCUGGGGACGGCGUUGGCCAGCUCUUCUGGUGAGCCCUCCUGGCCUGCUCCAGGACCCAUGGAGCCCUCUGCACCCCUGCCUGUGAAGCAGGAAGAGCCGGCCCCUGAGGGCCUGGGCCUGGCCACAGAGACGCAGGACUCACCGGCUCUGGAUGUGCCAAACCCAGACUCACCCUGGCACCGCUUCCGUCACUUCCAGCUGGGAGCUGCACCUGGGCCCCGGGAGGCUCUGGGGCUGCUGCGGGCAUUGUGCCGCGCCUGGCUGCGGCCAGAGGUGCUCACCAAGGAGCAGAUGCUGGAGCUGCUCGUGCUGGAGCGCUUCCUGAGUGCCCUCCCGGCCGGCAUCCGUGCCUGGGUGUACAGCCGGAGGCCACGCAGUGGAGACGAGGCUGUGGCCUUGCUGGAGGAGCUCUGGGGGCCUGCAGCCUCCCCGGAUUGGUCCUCAGUCAUGAGGGCACCUCAGGAUGUGACAGAGGGCGCCGGGCUCAGUGUUGGAAAGGAGGAUAGCGAGGCCAUUCCCUUUGGAGUCGUACGCCCCGGCGCGGAAUUGCCUGCAACAGGAGACGCCUGGCAGCCCAAGCAGGAACCCGACAGCCCCUCACCAGCCACCCCGGGCGCCCCAGGGGUCCCCUGCCCUGAGUGUGGCCAAACUCCGGCGCGCGCGCAGCGGCCCCAGCGCGAGAAGCCACACGCCUGCCCCGAGUGCGGCAAGGCCUUCCGGCGCAAGGAGCACCUGCGGCGCCACCGCGGCACGCACCCGGGGGCGACAGGGGCGGCGCGGCGCCACCCG